AUGGCGCUCCACGACACCAAGAAUGAAGCGAGUGCUCACAUCGAGAUAGUUGACGCACACAAAAAAGCUGCGAGGCCAGUGGUCGGUACCAUCAGAUUGUACGAUGAGGACGGCAUUGUGCUGAUUCCGACUCCAAGCAGAGACCCUAAUGAUCCUCUCAACCUUCCGAAAUGGCAGAAGUACAUCAUUUUGAUUAUUGUCGGCCUCUACGCGGCUACCGGAAAUCUGAUGGCCAGUGGCAUCACCGCCAUUCUUCCCAUUGUACAGGCCUCGUACGGUGGAAACCCAAAAACCAGCGACCUCGCAACUUGGCCGGCAUUCUACAUGGGUGUCGGAAACCUCCUCGCAAUUCCUGUAGCUCAUGCCGUUGGGCGUCGACCUGUUUACCUUAUGUCAACCAUCGUACUGUCAUUCGGAUGCCUCUGGUGCGCCUACAGUGGAAGCUUGGAGUCGCAUAUUGCAGGCAGAGAUGUCAUGUCGAUCGCUGCUGGGCAGGCUGAGGCAUUAUGCCCGAUCAUCGUACAGGAAAUCUUCUACCUUCACGAAAGAGGACACGUCAUUGCUUGGUUCUGCUCGCUACAGACACUUGGUACCGCAGCGCUGAUUGUAGCAAGUUCUUAUCUUGCCAAUGAUCUAGGCUGGAGGUGGUGGUAUGGCGUCUUCGGGUGCCUGAGUGGGGCCAUAGCCGUGCUCAGCAUCAUUUUCGUCGCAGAGACCAAGUACGAGCGCACCCUAGAGGCCCUGAGCGGGCAAGGCAUCGAAGAAGACGGCAUGUUGGUUCCAGUCACUACCAACACUAAGCGCCCACUCGACACCGUCAACUACGCACCCCGUAGUUUCGUCAAAGACAUGCUCCCCUGGAAAGGCCAUGCACACUGGUCCAAGGCAAUCGACUGCUGGAAGCAGAUGUUCCAGAUCAUUUGGUUCCCCAACAUUAUCUGGUUAUUCCUCAUCAAUUCUGCCGCCUUGGGCAUCUACGUGCUCAUGUCAGCAUUGUUCGCCGGUGUUCUAGUCCAACCGCCUUUUCUCUGGAAUUUUGACAUGCUUGGAUACGUUUUCGCGGGACAGGUCGCUACCGCCGUUGCGGUACCUUUCUUCUGCGGCGCCUUGAGUGACUUUGUUGUCAAGAUGAUGAGUAGGAGGAAUGGCGGCGUUAGUCAACCCGAGUACCGUCUGCUUGCUCUCAUCAUUCCGCUGGUCUCCAUACUGAUCUCGACAAUCAUCUACGGCAUGACUGCCCAAAACCCUGCAGAUUGGAGCUGGGCUGGUAUCGCUGUCACACUCAAUACCGAAUACUUUGGCUUUGUCGGCAUCGUAGUGUCAAGUUUUGUCUACUGCAUGGACGCUUAUCCUCAACGCAUCGAUGCAGCUCUUGUUCUCAUUUGCUCGCUAAGAGGUUUUAUUGGUUUCGGUAUCUCUUUCGGGUCUAUUGCUUUCGUGGAGAAAGCUGGGUACGAGGGUGCGUUCAACAUUUGUGCAGGCAUCAUCGCAGCGUUGAUGUUUUUGGGUAUCUUUGUUUACCUUUUCGGUGAGAAGAUUCGUAAAAUAACGCAGACAUGUGCUCAGGAUGAGUAA